GUUCUGCCUCGUCGUGGUACCCGAACAGCCACUGUUACCGGACAUAAGGGAGCGGAAGGAGCGUAGAUGAGUUCUGCUGUCUGCGUCCUCGAAGGAGCCUAUACUUCUAUGCUGGCGAACUUAUUUGGUACGACCUGGGGUUGCGUCGGGGUAGCUAGCAAAGCGUCUGUCGGUGUCGAAGAGGAGAUUACGAUUACUGAUAGACAGCGAUUGAAGAGGGCGGGGAGCGCAACGUGCGGUAGGAGAAGAAGAAGAAGAAGAGCAAGUCGAGAGAGUGUAGGCGCAGGCGCCGUAGGUGAUGUGAGGCUGGCGCCCGCCUCACGUUUGGGGUGAUGCCCUCCAGUGAGCCUCAUCCCCCUCAGUACCACCUUCAGCACCACAACAUUCCUCCCUCGCAUCUUCAACAUCACACGUCGACCGCGAUCGGGCAGCAUCAGCUCUAUCAGCAGCUGGUGGCGGCCCAUCAUCAGCAACAGCAACAACAACAGCAGCAGCAGCAGAGACAGCAGCAACACGGCGGGCCCUUUCAAAAUUCCACGUACGCGCAGCAAAAGCAGGAGAUGAGCCCGGAGGAGGAGGGGGGUCGAGGGGGCGGGUCCCCCCCGGCAGCAGGGGCUGCGCUGCACCAGCCCCAUCACCCCCGCACGGCCAGUCCACCCUCGGGCACGGAACCCUGCACCCGCGAUGCCAUACCAACGCCUACACCUAUCGCGGAUACGACCACAACGACUACCACGACUACCAUGACAAUGCAAUCGCAAGGGCAACAACAAGAGAAGCAAGGUCCUAGCCCCAGCCCGAGUCCAACGGGCGGCGACGUUGAGAAAUUCGAUGGAAAGAUUGUCUACAAUCCCGAUGGUUCGGCGUACAUCAUCGAAGGGGAGAGCGAGCUCAGCGAAGACGACUCCUUGCCGGACGGUUGUAUCGUAGACGGGCGCGGUGUCUCGGUUCCUCAUUCACUAGUAUUUCCUCAAAUAGCGAACGCGUACUACGUGUCGCGGCUCUACGCGCAUCAAGCCUAUCAGCAGCAGCAGCAACAGCAACAGCAACGUUCGGCGGUGCAACAGCACAAUCCCGAUCUUCCCGUGAUGCACAGCUAUCGGGUGAUCAGCUACAGAAGCGCGGAGGGCAGUAAACAGCCGCCCCCACCUCCGACCGCGCCGCCCUCGCCCGCCGCCUCGGUGCCCGUAAAACCCAUUCUGAUGUGUUUCAUAUGCAAGCUCAGUUUCGGUUACGCGAAAAGUUUCGUCGCGCACGCCCAGGGCGAACAUCAGCUCACCUUGAUGGAGGACGAACGACAGGUGCUCUCCCAUUCGACGGCGUCGGCCAUCAUUCAAGCCGUGGGCAGAGGAAAACAGCCGCUGGUCAGUUUUCUCGAACCCGUGACAAAUUCCACUUGCUCGCAGCCGUCGUCCGUGCAGAUACAAAGUCAACAGCAACAGCCGCGCCCCGAGUCCAACGAGCACGAGAUACCGACCACGACCAGCACGCCAACCAGCACUCCCGGCGUACCGAGCAGUCCUCAGCAGCAGCAACAGCAACAGCCGCAGAGGCCGUCCCCGAGCACCCCCACCACGCCCACCUCUCAUACGAAUCAUCCUCUCGCGUACAAUCAUCAACAGACGCAGCAACACCAAUGGGCCGGGGCGCAGGUGAGCGCCGCUUCCUGGGCCAAGGCACCGGACGCCGCCAGCAUGCAUUACACGUCGCCGCCGCCGCCCACGUCCUCGACGAAAGGCUCCCCGUCCUCGUACGCCGCGUUGACCCAGCAACCGCCGAAUUUCCUCACGGGCACCACCAUCGGGGUCUGCCCGGAACACAUGCAAGGCAGACCGAGCGGCGUCGAGUGCCCGAAAUGCGAACUGAUCCUCGCCAGCAGCAGACUGGCCGGCCCCGGCGGACCGCUGGCCGGCAUUCACAGCCGCAACUCCUGCAAGACCCUCAAGUGUCCUAAAUGCAACUGGCACUACAAAUACCAGGAGACCCUGGAGAUACACAUGAAAGAGAAGCAUCCCGAAAGCGAAACGUCCUGCAUAUACUGCAUCGCCGGUCAACCCCAUCCAAGGUUAGCGCGCGGCGAAACGUACACGUGCGGCUACAAGCCGUACAGAUGCGAGGUGUGCAACUAUUCGACCACGACAAAGGGCAAUCUCAGUAUUCACAUGCAAAGCGACAAGCAUCUGAACAACAUGCAGGAGCUACAGCAGGGCGGUGGCGGGAGCUCGGGCGCCAACAAUCCAUCCUCGUCCCAAGACGCGCCGAUGCCGACGAGAAGUCCGCACCAUCAGCAGAACCACAGCCCGCACAUCGCUGGCCAGGCCGGAAACCAAAGCAAACCGAAACCGACGUUUCGUUGCGACGUGUGCAACUACGAGACCAACGUAGCGCGCAACCUGAGGAUACACAUGACCAGCGAGAAACACACGCACAACAUGCUGGUGCUGCAACAGAACGUGAAGCACAUGCAGACCCUGUCCGCGUUGCAGUCCCAUCAUCAGCAAGCACAUCAUCAUCAGCAAGCGCAACAGCAGCAUCAACAGCAGCUCGAGCAGCUGCUUCAUCUGGGUGGGUUGGACAAGCCUCAGCACGCCGAGGCGGCCUUGGCGGACAUGGCGUACAAUCAGGCGUUGCUGAUCCAAAUGAUGACCGGCGGUCAGCUGCCGCCUCAGCUACCGCCGGAGCUUAUGGGCGGCAUGGCCAGCAUGGGCGCGAUGGGCAACCUCGCCGGGGACGUUGGUCUGUCGCCGGACAGCAUGGAUCCGCCGCCGGAACCGGCAGACCCCGAUCCCUCUCAUCUGUAUCAGUGUUGCGUGUGCAACAACUUCGGUACCGAUUCCUUGGAAGCCAUGGGCCACCAUCUAGCCAUCGACAGAACGCGGACUCGCGAGGGCGAGAUCCUCGCGUUGGUAGCCAACCACUUCGUCUGCAAACUUUGUUCCUACAAAACCAACCUGAAGGCGAAUUUCCAACUCCAUUGCAAAACCGACAAGCACCUUCAGCGUCUGCAGCACGUGAACCACGUGAAGGAGGGCGGCCCCCGGAACGAGUGGAAACUGAAAUACUUGGCGUCGCCCACCAGCGCGGCGCAACUGCGUUGUCAUGCGUGCGAUUAUUACACCAACAGCGCCCAUAAAUUGGCCCUGCACGCCGCCUCGCCGCGACACGAGGCUGCCGCCCUGCUUCUCCGUCACCUGCUAGAGGCUAGCGCCAACGUGUCCUCGCAGGGUAAAUUGUAUCACUGUGCCCUGUGCGGAUUCAGCGCGAGACACCGAUUGCCGCUUCUGCAGCACGUCCGGUCCCUCAGACACCUUCAGAUGGAACAACUCCAUCAGCUCCAUCGGCGAAGCGGCAUCCAAGGGAACGAAACCCCUCACACCGACAUCGGUGACGUUUUCCAAGUUGUCAGCGAUCCUGACGCUCCACCCACCCAGCAAUCCAGCCCCACCAUACCCACCACUCCAAACGCCACCAACGCCAACAGUGAACGACGGGAGGAAGGUAGCGAGUGCGGUAACGAGGUGAAGCAAGAGCCGGAUAACGAUCAAGAACCAGAGCAAGAACCGGAAAACGAACACGAGGAUGUCACCUGUCCGUAUUGCACUUAUCAGCCAACGUCGCGCGAGGAAUUGAGGCAACAUUUGCAAGUGGCCCACGUUCAGGAUUCCGAGGAGAAACCAGAGACUGUGAAGGAGGAACCACCGCCGGAACUGUUGUGCCCGUUGUGUCAGGAUGGCUUCAGAGAGCGUUCCGCGCUGGAGAAGCACGUGAUGCAAAUACACUCGGUGAACUCCGACGGUUUGCAACGGUUGCUGUUGCUGGUGGAUCAGAGCCACUGGCUGAACAACAAUCCUAGAAAUUCCACGACCCCGGCGGUGACCACGCCAACGUCGCCGACCACCGCGAAGCCUCCCCAGGAAGAAGAUAUGAGCGAGCGCGGCGCCAACGACGAGAUCGAGGAGUUGUCGAGAUGCACCGUCUGCGGGCGUAUUUGUCGUUCUUUGGAGGAACUGCAGCAACACCACAGGGAGACUCAUCCUGCUACCACGCCCACGCUGGCAGUCAGCGAGAAACACGUUUACAAGUAUCGGUGCGGUCAGUGUAGCCUCGCGUUCAAAACUCUGGAGAAGUUACAACAGCACUCGCAGUAUCACGCGAUCAGGGACGCGACGAAAUGCGCGCUGUGCGGACGAUCGUUUCGCUCGGUGCAGGCGCUGCAGAGACACCUGGAGUCCACUCACGCGGAUAUGCACGAGGAGGAGCUCGCGCAGUACAAGCAGAGCCUGAUACACGCGCAUCCGCUUCUGCAGGCGCUCACCGAGGAGAGCUUUCGUCGACAAGGUAGUCUGAGCGGGGAACAGAACGUGGAGGACGAUGCCAGCAAGGCGGACGAGGAGGAGAGCGACGCGAGCGACUCGUCGCCGCUGCACAAAGAGCAACGACUGCUGGAGGACUAUCUGAACAGCCAGCCGGUCGCCGAGGACUCCUACCAGGAUCCGGGCAGGAAGUUCAAGUGUCAUCGCUGCAAGCUUGCGUUCACGCGGCAGAGCUACCUGACCGGGCACAACAAGACGCUGUUGCACCGCAAGGGGGAGAAGAUGUCCUACCCGAUGGAGAAGUACUUGGACCCGAACAGACCAUACAAGUGCGACGUGUGCAAGGAGAGCUUCACACAGAAGAACAUACUUUUGGUUCACUACAACAGCGUGAGUCACCUGCACAAGCUGAAGAGAGCCAUGCAGGAGCAGGGCAACAACAACACGUUGAUCUCGGUGGUGCCGCCGGCCAGUCCUACAGAGUCACCAGACUCCCAGCAGGACCAAGACAAGAAACCCUACAAGUGCAACAUCUGCAAGGUCGCCUAUUCCCAAGGCAGCACGUUGGACAUACACAUGAGGAGCGUGCUUCAUCAGACCAGGGCCAGCAAGCUGCCGGAUCUCGCCGCCAGUGGUCAACUGGAUCUUGCACGUCCGUUGAUCGAACAACCGCCGACGAGUCCGAACAGUCCGCCCAUCAACACCAAUACCAGCAACGCCGGGACGAUGUUAUCCUGUCCCCGGUGCAGCGCUCUGUUCGUCAACCAGGAGCAGCUCGCCACCCAUCAGCAGCUCUACUGCAUCUUCAGCAACCCGCUGGCGUUGUUUCAGCAAUUGGCGGCGUCUCAGCAGCUGGUCCCGUCCACGCCCGCGAAAACGCCACCGCCCAGCUCGACGACGCCAGGUCCGCAGCAACACAUACAACAGACCGCCCAACACGUCGCGCAGACCACGCAGGACAUCCUGUCGCAGCCACGUCACAAAACGUCGCAAAUGUACAAACACCUGCUGGAGAGUUUCGGUUUCGAUUUGGUAAUGCAGUUCAACGAGAACCAUCAGAGACGUCAGCGGAAGGAGGAGGAGGCGGUGGCCGCCGCGCUACAGGCUCAGCAGGAACAGCAGAAGCAGGAGCAACAGAAACAGGCGCUCGCCGCUCAAGCAGCGCGCGAGAGGGAGGAGGAAGCCGAGGAACACACCGACGACGACGUCAUACCGGAGUUGACCAAAAGCACUUGCCAGCAUUGUAACAAGGAAUUCAGCAGCGUGUGGGUAUUGAAGGCUCACUGCGAGGAGGUGCAUCGCGACCUGGUGCCCCGCGAAUUUUUGGAGAAGUACGCGCAGCAAUUCAAAUGCGAGUACGAGAAGAAAAGCGUCGUGGUCACCGUCGCGACGUCCUCGUCCACGUCCUCGGCGCCCAGGAGUUCCACGCCCGCGUCCGGCCAACCGCAAGAUCUCACUUCCGACAAGGAACAGCGCGACAAAGAGAAGGAGGAAAGCACGGAGAACAAGGAACGCGUCAGCAAGACGCCCGAGGCCACGUCCACCACUCCAGCCACCACUCCGGCGCCGAGCAACACGCCAGUGUCGAGCACCGAUUCCACUACACCGAUCGUGCUCACCACUAACUCGACCCAUCAUAUUCAACAGCAGCAGCAGCAACAGCAACAACAACAACAGCAGCAGCAGCAACACGCUCAGCUAACCCUGGCCCAGCAAAUGUCCGAGAUGCAAGCCGCUCUGAACGCUAUGGCUGCCUCGCAGCUGCAGCAGCAGCUUCAACAGUAUCCGGGAUUGAUGAUGGGUAUGAUGGGGCUACCGCUCGGACUGAACGUUCCUGCUCUGGCGGCCAUGAACCUUCAACCACCGUUGGUGCCGAUGAUGUUACCACCACCUCCGUACGACGGGGCUACCACCGCUUACCCGCCUAUCAACGCUCAAGCUGAUCUCCUGGCCAAACAACAUCUCGCCUUGCAACAGCAACAAGCAGCAGCGGCAAAUGUAGCUGCUUCGCAGAAACGAGCACGCACUCGUAUAACGGAUGAACAGCUUAAAAUUCUACGAGCACAUUUCGAUAUUAAUAAUUCUCCCGGCGAGGAGCAAAUAUUGGACAUGGCAGCACAGAGUGGCCUGCCGCCGAAAGUAAUCAAACACUGGUUCCGAAACACGUUGUUCAAAGAACGUCAACGCAACAAAGACAGCCCGUACAAUUUUAACAACCCUCCGAGCACCACUUUGAAUCUCGAAGAGUAUGAGAAAACCGGAGAGGCCAAAGUAACCCCGCUGAAUUCCAGCGUAUCCGGUAGCAGUUCCUCGGACGAUAAAAGUCCAAACAAGCAAGCGUCACCGCCGCCUGCGACGAUGAACAUCAGCGUGUCUCAGGGCAGCGAGAUAAAGCAGGAGGUUCAGGAGCAACCGCAAUGCCACGUUCAACAGCACACGCAACACCAGGAGGAGCAACAGCAUCAUUCGCCAGGAAGCUCGGGCGGGCAACAGUCUCGACCGCAUUCGCCGGCGCUGAGCAUCAGCUCCGUAUUUCCCAGCAUCCAUCACGACAUCGCGUCGCACACGCCAACGACCACGAGCGCGCCGAGCACACCGAUGCUCCCGCCGAAGCUUGGACCGCAAAGUUUCACCAGUCCGAAUCCUGGACCGGGCGGUGUCGUGCCCGGCGCCAUAGCGGCGAUAGCUCUCACUCCUCAAAGAUCUCUGAGCCCCGGACGUGGACCGACCGAUUACUCUUUCGGCGGGAACGGGAACGGCAGCAAUUCAUCCGGCGGCAGCUCUGGAAAACGCGCGAACCGAACGAGAUUUACCGAUUAUCAAAUAAAAGUUCUUCAAGAGUUCUUCGAAAAUAACGCGUACCCGAAAGACGACGAUCUGGAAUAUCUGAGCAAGCUUCUUGGAUUGAGCCCGCGCGUAAUCGUAGUUUGGUUCCAAAACGCUAGACAGAAGGCACGUAAAGUUUAUGAGAAUCAACCGGCUGCCGAACCCGUGACACCUGGCGCCCGCGAAAGCGACGACGGUUCAGGCCGCUUUCAAAGAACUCCGGGCUUGAAUUACCAAUGUAAAAAGUGCUUACUGGUGUUUCAGAGAUACUACGAACUGAUUCGGCACCAGAAGACGCACUGCUUCAAAGAGGAGGAUGCAAAGAGAAGCGCGCAAGCGCAGGCUGCAGCGGCUCAAGUGGCCGCCGUGUUGAGCUCCGAAGAUAGCAACAGCAGCUCAACGACAACCACUGCAAACGCUGUGUCCGCUAACCCGACGAACGCUCCAGCACUCGCGGAACAACUCCAGCAACCGUUGAACGCUACCACGUCUCCUCAUCAUCAGCAACAGACGAUGACGCAAACGCAUCAGCAGCCGCAACAGCAGUUGCAACAACAGCAACAGACGCAGUCGCAGACCGAGUCGAAGGAGGGUAGCUUUCAGUGCGACAAAUGCAACCUGAUGUUCGGACGAUUCGAACUCUGGCGCGAACAUCAGCUGGUACAUAUCAUGAACCCGUCCCUGUUCCCACCGGCCUAUCCGCCCGACUCUCCGUUCGGUAUAUUGCAACAACAGGCGCUAAACGCCACGUCCGGCGUGGCCGCCGACACCUCCCAUCCGCUGAUCGCGAUGAUGCAAGACAGAAAACGAAAGUACGACGACUUCGAGGAGGGGACAGGCAGCGAGACGCGCUCCAACUCCGAGCACAGCGAGCAGCCCAAAGACAAACGUUUGAGAACGACGAUACUGCCGGAACAGCUGGACUAUUUGUAUCAAAAGUAUCAGGUCGAGUCGAAUCCGUCGAGAAAGAUGCUGGAGACGAUCGCUCGCGAGGUAGGCUUGAAGAAGCGCGUCGUUCAGGUGUGGUUUCAAAAUACGCGCGCCCGCGAACGCAAGGGUCAGUUUCGCGCGCACAGCCAAGUGAUUAACAAACGUUGCCCGUUCUGCCCGGCGUUGUUCAAGGUGAAGUCCGCGUUGGAGUCGCAUCUCAGUAGCAAGCACGCCGACCAGGUAGCCCGCGGCGAGGUCAACAUCGAUAACAUCCCGGACGAAGAGCUCUCGAUGGAGUCCGCUCCCUCGAACCCGAGCACGCCGAACAUGAUGCCGCCGUUGUUCCCGCCCUUCAACACCGACAUGGAGGCCUCUCUGAAGAAGUACUACGAGGAGUCGAUGAAACGAUACAUCAGCGAGCUGCAGGCGCACGCCAGCAACGGUAAACAAGAGGCAGCGAACCACCAGAGCGGCAACAACAGCGGCGAGUCGCCGUUGGAUCUGAGCAAACCGGUCGACCUCAGUCGCCCGAUGAAACUGAGUCUAGGCGGUCUGAGCAACCUCCUCGAGGAGCAGCACGGCGUGCAUUUUCGCGGCGGCAGCGACUGCGGCCCCCUCACCGAUCUAUCCGAGAGAAGCAUCUGCGACGACGACAGCAUGAGCGAGACCACCGAAUUCUUAGACGACGAGAGUGGACCAGCGAGCCCGGCGUCGAGCACGCAGAGCUCGCGACAGGGACCAGCAUCCGUGGGAGUCGGGGGCACCUCGGUGACCCCGGUGACCGGUACUGGAAGCGGAACCAGCCAGUCCAGCGGCAAAAGGUAUCGCACGCAGAUGUCAGCGACCCAGGUGAAGGUGAUGAAGUCGCUGUUCUCGGACUACAAGACACCGACCAUGGCUGAAUGCGAGAUGCUCGGUCGCGAGAUCGGACUGCCGAAACGCGUGGUUCAGGUCUGGUUUCAGAAUGCCCGCGCAAAGGAGAAGAAAGCUAGAUUGGCGGCGGGCUUGCCAGCCGAAGGCUCGGCGGUGCAACCGCAUCGCGGACCGACCGGGCCCGACGAGUGCAGACUCUGCUCGGUACGAUACUCGGCGAAGUCGCCGUUGCAGGAGCACGUAUUCUCGCGGCGGCACAUCGAGUCGGUGCGCGUCGCCGUCGAAGAGGGCAGCCUGGUGCCGCCGACACCUGGUGCACCGAUCGUUCCUAGCGGUAACACCGGUACGCCUGGGAUCGGUAACUCGCCGGUGGUCGGUGCCGCUAAUCAGCAAACUGGCCAGCAGCAGCAGCAGCAGCAGCAGCAGCAAACGGACGAAAACAUGAUGUACGGAUCUUUGUUCCUCCACCCUACGGCGAUGUUCCAGCCGCAGCAGCAGCAGCACUCGGGCGCCGCGACGGCUAGCACGGCUACCACCACGGCCGGUGAGUGUCUGGCUGACCUCUUAGACUCGUAAGCGACCGCUCGACCCGCGUUUCGUUCGAAAUUCUGAUCUAUUUCGCGACCAGAACUCUCAAACGUUGUUCGAAACACAUUUCUUUUUUUUUUAUUAUCGUAUUUUAUUACGUUUUUUUUUUCUUUUUUUCGUAUUUGGUUCUUUUUUGACCGAUCGACUGCUCGUCGAGCACGAACGUACCGUAGACACGUUCGACGCGUUGAACACUUUUCUCGACUGCCCUUUUAAUUCGUAAACGCGAGUCGUUCGGAGCUAUUAUAUAUAUAUAUAUAUAUAUUUUUUUUUUGUUUCUUUUCUUUUUUUAAUCCGCGACGAUGAAUUUCGAACUCGCGCGAGUUACGUCGUUGUAUGUUGUGCACGUGUUUCUUCGUUUUAUCCGCGUGUGUACACGCGCACCUGUACAAUUUUGGCCCGUGUGAUACUCUAGGGGGCCCGUCAACUAUGGAAUCUGUACGCAGAAAAUUCUUUUUUUUUCGCGAGAUCUUUACAUGUAUAGUGCGAAUAUAAUAUAUCCAGAGCUAGGCAAUACUGAAAGUUCCUAUCAGAUGACUAUUCUAGCGUAAAAGAGAAUGCGAGAGGGCGAAAGAGAUGAACAGGAGAGAAAGUGAGCGCGACAGAAUGAACGAGAGAAAAGUGUGUGCAAGUGAGUAAGAGAGCGCGAGUGAGUCGAGGAUUUAACUUUUUAAUUAAAACGAUCGUCGCAAAACGGAGA